UGCAGCUCGUCAGUCAACAAAAAUCAAGUACCUAUCAGAGUGCACCCUGCCCUGCAGCACAUAUUCAAGGCUUUCCCUACAAGAACGAAGGUGUUUAACCGAAGGGAUUGAUGGUAGAAUAAAGAGAGCUGGGCGCGGUGGCUCAUGCCUGUAAUCCCAGCACUUUGGGAGGCGAGGUGGGCGGAUCGCUUGACCCCAGGAAUUCGAGACCAGCUUGGGCAACAUAGUGGGACACUAUCUCUACGGAAGGAGGAAAGUAGGGAAGGAAGGAAGGAACCAAGGAGGGAAGGAGGGAAGGAAGGAAGGAAAAAGAAAAGAAAGGAAAGAAAGAAAGAAAGAAAGGAAAGAAAGAAAGAGAAAGAUUGAUUUUAAAAAAGAGUUAAAAGGGGAAAAAUACAAUGUGGCAGUGGGAGAAUUAAGGAUGAGAUGAUUGCAUUAGUUCAUUGACCAUCUCUGAGCAACAGAAACACAAUCAUGGGUAAUCCUCGGCCCCUGCCUACAAGAAGCAUGGGGCUAGUUUAGUAGCACUGCCAACUGGAACGACCAUUUACACUUCUGUGUGAAAUGGGGCAGAGCGGGGAGAAAAGAGUGCCUGAGCUCACAGCGUUGGCGGGGCGCAGUGAGGUCCGCCAGGACUAGGUGGAAGGAGAGAAGGAACGUCCCUCUCUGCAACUCAUCUAAGGGCCUGCUCGGACCCCGGAUCUCACAGCGGGAACUACCGCCUCGCUACACCCGCCUUUCCCCGCGCCACCCAACAGCUCCCACGUCUCAUCCUCAGGGAGCGGGGCGGGGCGAAGCGGAAGAGGAGGGGCCGACACAACCACGCCCACUAGCCGCGCUCCAAGGCCGCGGCCCCCUUACCGCGAGAACGCGGAGUCCUGCGGAUGGCGCACGCGCAAACCUCCUGUGACGCCUGCGCCUCCUGGCCCCGCCUUCCGCUCGUGGGAGUUCCGGAUGUUUAGCGUUACCAUGGAGCCUGGAGGUGCCCGCGAACGCUGCUUGUCGCCUGGGCAACCGGAGAGGACGAAGCAGGACCUAGGUGGCGGCGGUGGUACCGGCUGCAAUGGUGUCCAAUCCCGUGCAUGGCUUGCCCUUUCUUCCGGGCACGUCCUUUAAGGACUCUACGAAAACAGCCUUCCAUAGAAGCCAGACGCUGGGCUACAGGAACGGCUAUGCAAUUGUUCGACAUCCAACAGUUGGGAGAGGCGGAGACCGGCUCCAGUUCAACCAGCUGUCCCAGGCUGAGCUGGAUGAGUUGGCCAGUAAGGCACCAGUCUUAACUUAUGGCCAACCUAAACAAGCCCCACCUGCGGAUUUUAUUCCUGCGCAUGUGGCUUUUGACAAAAAGGUACUGAAAUUUGAUGCCUAUUUCCAAGAAGAUGUUCCUAUGUCAACUGAGGAACAGUAUAGGAUCCGUCAAGUGAACAUUUACUAUUAUCUAGAAGAUGACAGCAUGUCUGUCAUAGAGCCUGUUGUAGAAAAUUCUGGAAUCCUUCAAGGCAAGUUAAUAAAACGCCAGCGGCUAGCCAAGAAUGACCGGGGUGACCAUUACCAUUGGAAAGACCUAAAUCGAGGAAUAAACAUCACAAUUUAUGGCAAAACUUUCCGCGUUGUUGACUGUGACCAAUUCACACAGGUAUUUUUAGAAAGCCAAGGAAUUGAAUUAAAUCCACCAGAGAAGAUGGCUCUUGAUCCUUACACUGAACUCCGAAAACAGCCUCUUCGUAAGUAUGUCACCCCAUCAGACUUUGAUCAACUCAAGCAAUUUCUCACCUUUGACAAACAGGUCCUUCGAUUCUAUGCAAUCUGGGAUGAUACAGACAGCAUGUAUGGUGAAUGUCGGACCUACAUCAUUCAUUACUAUCUUAUGGAUGAUACGGUGGAAAUUCGAGAGGUCCACGAACGGAAUGAUGGGAGAGAUCCUUUCCCACUCCUGAUGAACCGCCAGCGUAUGCCCAAAGUUUUGGUGGAAAAUGCAAAGAACUUCCCUCAGUGUGUGCUAGAAAUCUCUGACCAAGAAGUGUUGGAAUGGUAUACUGCUAAAGACUUCAUUGUUGGGAAGUCACUCACUAUCCUUGGGAGAAGUUUCUUCAUUUAUGAUUGUGAUCCAUUUACUCGACGGUAUUACAAAGAGAAGUUUGGAAUCACUGAUUUACCACGUAUUGAUGUGAGCAAGCGGGAACCACCUCCAGUAAAACAGGAGUUGCCUCCUUAUAACGGUUUUGGACUAGUGGAAGAUUCUGCUCAGAAUUGUUUUGCUCUCAUUCCAAAAGCUCCAAAAAAAGAUGUUAUUAAAAUGCUGGUGAAUGAUAACAAGGUGCUUCGUUAUUUGGCUGUACUGGAAUCCCCCAUCCCAGAAGACAAAGACCGCAGAUUUGUCUUCUCUUACUUUCUAGCUACCGACAUGAUCAGUAUCUUUGAGCCUCCUGUUCGCAAUUCUGGUAUCAUUGGGGGCAAGUACCUUGGCAGGACUAAAGUUGUUAAACCAUACUCUACAGUGGACAACCCUGUCUACUAUGGCCCCAGUGACUUCUUCAUUGGUGCUGUGAUUGAAGUGUUUGGUCACCGGUUCAUCAUCCUUGAUACAGACGAGUAUGUUUUGAAAUACAUGGAGAGCAACGCUGCCCAGUAUUCACCAGAAGCACUCGCGUCAAUUCAGAACCAUGUCCGAAAGCGAGAAGCGCCUGCUCCAGAAGCAGAAAGGUUUGCCUUCACCAGUUUCCACUGGCUGCACAUCCAGAGUCUCUUGAAAGGCAGCUGUGUCAACAUUCCUACAGUCAGCUUUCUCUUCUAUAACUCCAUUUAUAUUUGACUUGAAUUCACUUCUUGCAUCUUUGCUGUACUUUCAUCCUUAUUGGCCAAUUCUCUCUUUUGAUUUUCCAUUUUUGUAAAAUAAAGUUUGUGUAUCACUGAGAGACAAGGAGGCAACAUAGCUACACACUUUACUGUCUGCGUGAACUAUAAAACAAAUAUACAGUGACUAGUCACCAACAGACUUUGAAAGAAGUGAUGUAAUUGUCACUGAUUGUGAUAUGCAUCUGUUUAAUUACAUUGUGGUUAGUGGACUAAAGUCCUGACAGAUAAGUUUGUACUUUAUGCAAUUACUCAUAGUUAUUAACUGUGUUAACUGAAAUUUGAACCAUGUUGUUGGGGGAAUGGGUUAUUUUACUAAAUGGUGGUAAUCGAAAUUCAUGCGUCUUGUAACUGUGCAAACUGAGAAAUGCCUUCAUAUCAAGGAAGGCAGACUUGAUGGAGGACAGGUGAGCUUCAAAAUUAGGGCUCAGCCAGGGAGAGUUAUUGGCUUUUCCCAAGAAAGAAUUCCAGGGAGAGCUGGUGCUGUUAAACAGCAACUGUUUUUAAGCAACAGUGUACAGCAGCAGCUGAGGUUCUGCUCCUUGUAGAGUAGGGAUACCCCAUAGGCAUUGUGCCCAAAAUUGUAGCUCAAAGGCAGUUCUGCACUCAUAUUAUGCAGAAAUUUCCAGGAAAAGGGUGGUAACUUCCAGGUGUUCGCAUCCUUGCUGUGGAAAGGGGUGGUUACUUCCGGAUGUUGUCAUGGCGAUGGUAAACUGAUAUGGCGCACUGGUGGGCAUGUCUUAUGGAAAGCUGCGUCUGCCCCAGACCUAUUUUAGCUAGUCCUCAAUUUGGCCCUGUGUCCGAGCCGAGCCUCCAGAGUCGAGUCCCACUUCCUACCUCAGAAUGAUUCAUUAUGUCAGAUGGGGAUUUAGCAAUAUUAAGGGAAUUGGGGACCUUGGAGACCUUAAUGAGGAGUUUCAGUGGAAUGGGAAGACGGGGAAAACCUGAUGGCAGUAGAUUUAAGAGAGAAUGGGAGAGAGGAAUUCUGGAUCAGAGUGGAGACUACUCUUUUGGGGAGGUUUGGUGCAAGGGACAACAGAGAAAUGGGGCAGCAGCUGUCAGAGAAAGUGAAGUCAGGAGAAGGUUUUGUUUUAUUUUGUUUUUGCUUUUGUUUUUACAUAGAAUAAAUAGCAUGUUUGUAUGCUAAUGGGAAUGAUUCCAUAGAGAGGAAAACAUUGAUAAGUGUGUGAGAGAGCGGGGACAAUUUCUGGAGUUUGUGAGAGGAUGGGGUUUAGUAUGAGUGGAGGAAUUGGCUUCAGAUAGAAACACCAACUAUUCACUUAGGGCAGUAUUUCUCAAACUUUGAGGUCUUGAGACACCUUUAUACCCUUAAAAAUUAUUGAGGGCCCCAAAGAGUUUUUACGUGUUUAUAUCUAUUGCUAUUUAGCAUAUUAGAAAUUAUAUCUGAAAAAUUUUCAAAUAUUAAUUUAUUUUGAAAACAACCCAUUUCAUGUCAACACAAAUAACAUAAUUUUGUGAAAAAUCAAUUUUUACAAACAAAAAAAAUUUAGUGAGAAGAGUGAUAUUGCUUUACAUUUUUGCAAACCUCUUAAUGUCUGACUUACUUAGUAAUAGAAGAUGACUGGAUUUUCAUGUGCUUUUGUAUUCUGCCUGCGGUGAUAGCCUGUGUUGUGUGACCUUUGGAAAACUCCAUUGUGCACUUGUGGGAAAACAAGAGUAAAAAGACAAAUAAUGACUAAGUAUUAUCACAAGAAUAAUUUUGACUUCACAGACCCCUGAAGGGUCUUGGGAACCUCCAAGAGUCCUGGGAUUACUCUUUAAAACCUUGAUCUAGGGCAACAGGAAAAAGGCAGCAUAUGUGGGUUCAGAUUCUGGUAGGUGGGUAGAUAUUGGGAGGCCCUUGUGAUUGUUUCGUGAUAGUAGUGCAAUGGAAAGAGUGAGGAUAGAGGGAGAUGUUGGAGGUUUCAAGAGAGAGAAGUUAUGAAAUGCUCUAUUUUAUUGAAUAUAUAAAUAUCAAUAAAAUGAAUAUGAAAUAAAAUCUAAAACAGCAUAUUUUAGCUACUACUAAGAAAGAAAAAAUUGCCAAAUAUAAUCCAUAUCAUUAAUUGAAAAUGCAUGUUAAUUCCAGAGAUGUUAAAAUGUAAAAAAAAAAAAUUGUCUCAUUUCAUGGACACAUCUUUAAAAAAAAAUGCCUCAGGACUUAAACAAAUAUGAUAGCUCUCCAGGAAAGUGGGAGGUUGAACGGACUAGAGAAGCGUAGUUUGGUGGUUGGACAGCAUUAAAGGCCCACUUCAUAUUCAUAGUCAUGUAUUUAAUUCAAGUACUUCCCAAAAGUUUUUUUCUGUAAUUGUCCCUUGUUUAUGCAAAUACCAGCAGACACUGGAAAGCUUCUUGCUUCAGCAUACCACUAAUUAAAUCAUCUUUAAAAUUUUUUUAAAUUUAGUAAUUUAAGUUUUUUAAAAUGUAGUAAUGAGGAAAAGAUACCACUGUGACUCUUAGAAUAUGAUAUCAAUAAAAAUAAGGAGAAAUUCAAAUUUUAGGUUGCCAUAUGGAUAUGGUUUGUUUGGCCCCAGCAAGCUAUGGUUUUAGAUAUGGUUUGUUUGGCCCCAUGAAGCCUUAUGUUGAAAUCUGAUCCCCACUGUUGGAGAUGGGCCUCAUGGAAGGUGUCUGGAUCCUGAGGGCAGAUCCAUCAUAAAUGGCUUGGUGCCAUUCUCAUAGGAAUGAGUUCUCACUUGUAGUUCCCAUGAGAACUGUUGUUGAAAAGAGCUUGGCACCACCUACUCUCUCUCUCUUGCCUCUUCUCUUAUCAUGUGAUCUCUGCACAUGUCUGCUCCCCUUCCCCUUCCACCGUGAAGGGAAGCAGCCUGACAUUUUCACUAGAAGCAAAUGUUGGUACCAUGUUCCUUAUACAGUCUGCAGAACUCUGAGUCAAAUAAGCCUGUUUUUUUUUUUAAAUAAAUUACCAGCCUCAGUUAUUUCAUAGCAACACAAAUGGACUACGACAUGGGUUAAGAGAUCCAUUGCCAUCCUCAUUUUGAUCCUCACCCCCGCCCUUCUUCUCUUGUGAUGGGUCAGAGAGAUGAAUUAGGAAAAACACAUGGAGACGAUACAAAUCCACUGUCGCAUCUUCUGUGCCUCUUAGCUAUUCUGCAUUUAGCUCCUGACUCACCCAUCUGGUAAAGAAUCCCACUCUAAGGAAAUGCAGUUACAAAUAUAUUUUGCCACUCAUUGCAGAGUCAUGAAAGGGGAUCAUGAGUACUUGUCAGACCAGUACUUUUUAUGUCAAUUGUCAGUUCUAAGACGAUGAAAUUUGGAGUUGGCCAUUUGCUUUCUCUGAGCCAGAAAAUUAGAAUAAUGCAUAGGUAACUGAGUAUUAACUUCAUCUUCAAGUUCUUAAAUUCUCUUUGGGUUUGGGGUCCUCCACUGCAGUAUUUUGAACUCAGACUUAAGGCCAGCAAAUGCACACACUUAUUAACCUACCUUCCACAGGAAAUCCACAUGUGUGAAUAGCAUAGAUACAUACACACAUUUGUUCAUAUGUAUUAUUCUUGUCUCAUUAACAUGCCUAUUUGUGCACUUCAGCUUCAAGAGGACCCUACUCACUUACUCAAUUAUCUUUUUAAUCCUUUUUCACUUCUAGCUACUUUUCCCAUGAGAAUUUUCCAAAUAUUCUCAUUUUCUUUUCCAUUUUCUUUAAGGAAAUAGAAGUAAUUGGUUUCAAAUAUGAGAUCAAAUGAUCCAAUGUGGGCUUCAUCAGUUUUCUCACCCUUCAUCUUAGAAUGUUUCUCUACUAUCACUCUUCUUCUCUUUACCUUCUUUUGUCAGAGAUAAGUAACUCCUCCUAUUUCUUCAAAUCUAAUUCUUCUAUUUUGUGUCUGUAACCACUUCCUUCCUGACUGCUCCAGAAUCUUUUUGACUUUUUUUAAUGACUGCUUCAUAAAUUGCUUUCUUGAAGGUCAUUGAUUGUUUCCAAGUAUAAUGGACUCUUCUCAUUUAGUCAUUAAUUCAACAGAUAUUUGAGCUUAUACCAUAUACCAAACUUUAUAUUAAAUGCUUAGGCAAUUAUAUGAGAGAAUAGGGAGCUCAUAAUCUAGAGCAAGUGUUGGCAAUUUUUUUUUUUAAGUGAAGGGACAGGUAGUAAAUAGUUUAGGCUUUAUGGGUCAUACCUUCUUUGGCAUAACUACUCAACUCUACCCUUACAGUGUGAAAGCAGCCAUAGACAAUACAUAAAUGAAUAGGAGUGGCUAUAUUUCAAUAAAAUUUUAUGUAUAAAAAAUAGGCAGCAGGUUGGCUUUGGCCUGGGUGUCAUAGUUUGUUGACCCCUUGGUAUAGUCUUUAGUUUUUCUGAUCUACAUAUAAUAUUGAUUACUCUUUAUUACC